AUGGCGCCUGUACGAGAUCUUAUUAGCAAGGGAAUGGACGUUAAUGCGCAGAGCGGCAUUUACGACAACGCUCUCCAGGCGGCCUCGUUUGGAGGCCAUCAAGAGAUUGUUAAAAUACUCUUAGACGAGGGAGCGGAUAUCAAUAUACAGGGUGGUCGCUAUGGGAACGCUCUCCAGGCUGCCUCAGAGGGAGGCUAUCAAGAGAUUGUCAAACUGCUCUUGGACAAGGGAGCAGAUAUCAAUAUGCAGGGUGGUCGCUAUGGGAACGCUCUCCAGGCUGCCUCAGAGAGAGGCCAUUAA